AUGGAGUCCAGCAUCAGUUGGCAUGUUUUAGGUGGAGCAGUGGUAGCCUACUACGCGACCCUUAUCUUCUAUCGUUUAUUCCUGCACCCUCUGGCACGCUUUCCAGGUCCCCGACUGGCAGCCAUUUCGCGUUGGUACGAGGGUUACUAUGAUGUUAUCUUGGACGGACAAUACACCUCCAAGAUCGCAAAGCUGCACAAAAUAUAUGGUCCGAUCAUUCGUAUCAGCCCACAUGAACUGCACGUCGACGAUCCAGCAUUCUUUGACACUCUCUACCGUACGGAUGGGCGCUGGGACAAGUACUCUUGGUCGUACGAUGCCUUUGGUGCCAAAAACUCCACCAUUUUCGGCUCAGACCAUGACGCCCACAAAUCCCGACGCCGUGCUAUAGCCCCAUUCUUCUCCAAGCCCAAUAUUGCUUCCCGGCACCAUGUUCUGCGCCGGAACUUGGACAAGCUCUGCCAGCGCAUUUCCGGGCUCGCUGGAUCCACCUUCAACUUAGGCGCAGCCAUCAGCGCCUUCACACGAGACAGUGCCAACGAGUUCAUUGUGGGCAGACAGUACAACGAGCUUGACUUGAGUGACUUCGGGGUUGGACUGUCUAUGGCAUCUCAAGGCGCGGGGCCUUUCUGGCGUAUAACCAAGCACGUCCGCUGGUUUGGUCCCACGAUGAGGGCGAUGCCAAUCGACUGGGCCAUGAAAGUGGCUGAUGAUAACACUAAGGCUUUCCUUAGCUGUCUCAAACAAUCCGAACAAGAUACGCGAGACACUCUGGCCGUCGCGGCAUCUUCCUCCCCAGAUAAAUCAGCCAACGACACCAUGCUUCACGCCAUCAUUUGCUCUGACCUUCCAGCAGCUGAGAAAUCCUUCGACCGUGUUUUCGAGGAGGUAAUGACGGUGACGGGUGCGGCGUUUGAAACAACCGCCAGCGCCCUAAGAUUAAUAUUGUACCAUGUCUACACCAGUGAGGAGAUUCUUAGCCGGCUCAGGGAGGAAAUUGCCUCCCUCUCUAUUGGUCAUUCCGACCCAAUUCUUCUGAAGCAACUAGAGCAGCUGCCAUAUCUCACCGCUGUGCUUACAGAAGGCAUGCGCCUGAGUCCUGCAGUCGCCUCACGAGCGGCGCGUGUCACGGGCAAGGAUCUCUCGUAUGGCAAAUGGCGGAUUCCUGCUGGGACACCACUUGGCAUGACUACCCUAUUGAUGCACACUGAUGAGACAUUGUAUCCCGACCCGAUGCGAUUCAACCCAGAUCGGUGCCUCGCUUGGGCCGAGAUGUACCAGCUUCUUGCUGCUUUGGUACAGAGGUUCGACUUCACUAUCAAGGAUGCAACAGCUGGUGACUUCGAGUUGGAGAAAGACAAUUUUGCAAUCGGAACCAAGGCUGGAUAG